AUGAUGGAUCAGCUGCAACCUUCUGUCGAGGGGCCUCCGCCUUCCCAUUCCGAAUCAAACACGAAACCCGUCACGCCGCUGGAUCGGCCUUCAUUCACUUUCAUCGAUCAUGAUGAUGACUUGACCUCCAAGCGAAUCAAGGAUGUCAACGCCCGUAAGGCAAUCCGCUCCCAUGUCAUGCGUGAUGUGCGCCGGCGGGAGAGACUCGCCGGGCUGAAAAGAAGUUCCAGACGCGAAAGUCGGGACCAGCCCGUUUCCGCGAGAUCACAGAGUAAGGUGGGAAGUCCCGAGGAGCACAGGCUGGUCCUGAGAGCGGCCUCCCAGUCGUCUGCCUCGUCUGCCUCGUCUGUAGUCGAAAUAGAGUCCGACGAUAGCCUCGUCUAUUCAAAACAUCGAAGACGGCCGGGGAAAUCCGUCUUUGUCCCAAUGACCUUUCCGAGUGAACUCAAAGGACACGAGGGCACCAAAGAGGUAGAACUCAUGGUACGGUCUUCCUUCUCCGAUCCGGGAAGUUUCUUCGGCCUUAUGAGCAUGUGUGCUGCCCAUCGCGCAGCCUUAUCGGCCAAUCGCUUCGGCGUCUCAAGUCCCACCGACCAGCCUAUUGAGAGAACCGCCAACGAUCCUGACUACUGCAUCAUGAAAGCAAAGUCUAUUCGAGAAAUGAAUGCGAAAGUAAGAGAUCCUCAACGAGCACUGAGUGACGAAGCUUUCGAUACAAUUGUCAACCUUCUAAAUGGCGCGUUGAUUGCCGGCUUAUUCGAUGAGGCACGAAUUCACUUGACCGGUCUCAGGCGCAUGGUAGAUCUCCGAGGAGGCAUUACGGACGAAAGUAUCCGCUCUGCUUCGAUGUUGACCGCAAUUAUCACCACCGAUGUCAAAGCUUCUUCGGGCCUUCUAGUCAAGCCUGUCUUCCCUUUGGUUUGGGAUGCACAGCCAGUACCCCUUGAUGUUCAGCAGCGACUCCGGCCACCCACUUCGGCUCCAUCCCAUCGACUCGGCAGUAGCUUUUUCGCCAACACGUUACUUAGCCCUCCAUUGAUCCGAAUCUUACGGGUAGUACGAGACAUAAUUUAUUACGGCGCUACCAUUCAAACGACUCCUGAAAUCAUUCAUCCAACCGACAACCAUCUCUUCCGAGUCCUCAAUUGCGAGGCAGAGCAUCAACUGUUAAGCUAUAUCUAUUCGAAAGACCCGGAUUUCUCAGACCGCUCGAGCCCCAACUUAGACUUUUACCCUAUCGAGGAAGUCGCACGCGUGGCAACUAUCUGUUUUCUCAACUACUUUUUAAUUGUCUCACCUCCUUCUGCGGGUUUUGGCCGGGCCCUAACGAAGCAUCUCACCAAGGCCGUGGACAGCUGCAAGCUGUCUCUUCUUCUUCCACUGCGAAAAGAAAACCUUGGGCUCUAUGCCUGGGUUCUGUUUGUGGGAGCUCAAGGCUCUUUCGGUCAAACCGAGCGAUCCUGGUUUGUGGAGCGGCUGGCCCGCAUCGCAAUGAUAUGCAAAUGGCGAACAUGGGAACAGGUCUCUGAAAUCCUACUGGGCUAUUUCUACGUCCCAGAAACCCAUGGUGUGAAAUGGCGAUCGAUUUGGGACGAGGCGAUGACGGGAUUUGUGAUCUCCGCGGAUGAAGCAUAA